AUGGUCCAAGCUUCUUCAUCCCUCCAUGGCAGCAUGAGAAGGGAUCCCGAAGGAUAUGACAUGUCAUCCGAUCUGGACCAAGCCCUACUCCUCUACUUUGAUGGGCAGCAAGCUAAGACAUCAAUUCAAGAACAACAACCGCAGACUCUCAACAUCUUCCCUUCCCAGCCAAUGCAUCAUAUCGAGCCAUCUCCAAAGGGUUCCAUGGCUUCUUCUUCAGCAGCGGUAGCACAGGUCGCUGGCCCUUCCAAGAACUCGCAGGCGCCGUCGUUGAAGGUGGGAGGCGGGCCGCUCGCCGCCGGCAAGAGCUCCAAGGCAGCAAUCAAGAGAGAAGGUAGCGCCGCCAGAGGCAAGCAUGGCGCCGCGGGAGCUUCGAGCUCGGAUCAGGAGGGCUCCCGGACGCCGGACCCCAAGACGUUGCGGAGGCUCGCGCAGAAUAGGGAGGCCGCCAGGAAGAGCAGGCUGAGGAAGAAGGCUUAUAUUCAGCAGCUAGAGUCAGGCAGGAUCAGGCUGGCACAGCUAGAGCAGGAGAUGCAGAUGGCAAGAACCCAUCAGGGUGCACUAUGGGGUGCAGGAACUCUAAGCCCAGAUGCGGCGCUGUUCAACUUGGAGUACGAGCGGUGGCUGGGGGAGCACAGCAAGGUGGUGGCCCGGCUUCGGGCCGCCGCGGAGGAGCACCGGCCGGACGGCGAGCUGCGGGCGUACGUGGACGAGGCCGCCGCCCACUACGGCGCGCUGAUGGGCCACAAGGCCCGGGUCGCCGGCGCCGACCCGCUCCACCUCCUCUCCGGCCUGUGGAAGGGCGCCGCCGAGCGCUGCUUCCUCUGGAUCGGCGGCUUCCGCCCCUCCGAGUUCGUCAAGGUCGUGGUCCGGCACGUGGAGCCGCUGGCGGAGCAGCAGGCGGCGGGGGCGCGCGACGUGGAGCAGGCGGCGCGGCGGGCGGAGGAGGCGCUGGACGCCGAGCUGGACGCGCUGCUGCGGUCGCUCUCCGAGGUCGUGGCCUCGGACGCGCCGCCGCCGCCGGGGAUGAUGUACGGCGGCGGCGGUGGCCAGCUCUACCACCCGGCCGACGUGGCCGCCGGCUACAUGGGGAUGGGCCACAUGCACGUCGCCCUCGCCAUGGACAAGGUGGCCUCUCUCGGGACCAUCCUCAGACAGGCGGACGAGCUGAGGAUGCAGGCGUUGCACGCGCUCCGGCAGAUCCUGACGGCGAGGCAGGCGGCGCGCUGCUUCAUCGCCGCCGCCGACUACUUCUGCCGCCUCCGAACGCUCAGCACGCUCUGGAUCACCAGCCGAACGGGCCAGCUGGCUAGAGGCCCGGCCGGGUAG